AUCUAAUCUUACCUUUCACUUUAUUUCACUUUAUUUCGCUUUAAAACUACUUGAAGUAAUCUAAAACAAUGAAAAACUUUUAAAAAAAUACAUUUAAUUGCAAUUAAACCUUUAUCUCAUAAACUAGAAAACUUGCAACUUAACAAUGAUUCGAUGUAGUGCUAAUUUCGGGGUCGUAGUCGUAGUUGAAUAAAAAAUCGGCCGAUUUGCUUAUUUUUGUUAUUGAAAUCUGACCACGAAUUAAAUUAGAGACGGUUUUUUCUUAGUUCCGAGUAUUACAACAACUCAACAACGGUUGAUUUGUUCACAGACACUGAUGACGGUUGGUUUGUUUUACUCUGACCUUUACGCAUUUUUACAACCGAACACUUUACUUCUAUGGAAUCAUUAAAACUUUAGUCGUCCGUCGAUAUUCGAUCAAAUCGAUCAAAACAAAACUUAUCACCGCAAAAGUUUCAAAAGAUAAAAAUAAUUAAAUGAAAGAGAUAAGUUUAGAAAUUUGUUUCUCUUGUGUUUUAAUACGUACUUCGUGAAAAUUAAACUUUUUUUUUGUGAAUUAUAAAUUUUGUUUGAUAAACUUUAAAAUGGAUGAGAUUUAUCGUGAUGAAGACGAAGGAAUACUAGAAGAUCUCCUUCGGGAUUGCCGAGAAAUGAAUCCAAAUCAAAAUGACGCAGAAGAAGACGAAGACAAUGACGUUGUAACACGAGCAAUCGGAAGUUUUGGAAAAUGGCAAUUACAAAUGACCUUUUUAUUAUCCCUUUUCAAUAUCCCCUGCACAUUUCACAUUUACUCACCGACGUUUUUGGCGAAUCAAAGAAAAACGUGGUGCGCUCGCCCGGAAGAAUUUCAAAAUAUAUCCGUAGAUGAUUGGAUAACUUACACUCAACCGAACAAAGACAACGAUGGUCAUUGUUGGAUUUACGAUUUGACUGGAAUUAGUAGUUUAGAAAAUAUCACCCCAAACUUGCCGUUGGUUGCUUGUAAAAAUUGGGAAUUUGAAGGAGGAGGAACAACGAUAAUAGAAGACUUUUCAUUGGUGUGUAAUCGAAGAUUCUUAAAUAAUAUCUCGGAAAUGAUGUUUUUAGCUGGAGUAGCGAUCGGUGGAUUAGUUUGUGGCUUUCUUUCGGAUAAAUUCGGAAGAAAAAAAACUUUAAUGUUUUCUGUUUGCGGCCAAACAGCUUUAGGAAUCCUAAUAGCUUUCUCACCAUGGUUCGAACUUUAUUGCAUCCUCAGAGCCCUCCUCGGUUUCAUCUCAGUUUCAGUCGUUUUCAGCGGAUUCGUUCUCUCAAUCGAAUUAGUUAGCGGUCGUUGGCGAACCAUUUCCGGCCUUGCAUAUUUUUUCCCGCUCUCUUUAGGAUACGCGAUCACCGCCGGAAUCGCUUGGUUACUAAGAGAUUGGCGUCAUUUUCAAUUAGCCAUUUCUGUGCCUGGGAUACUUUUUAUGGGAUUAUAUUGGAUAAUCCCAAAAUCACCGAGAUGGCUCUUAGCAAUGGGUAAAACCGAUGAAGUUAUACCGAUUUUGCAACGCGCCGCCAAAAUUAAUGGGAGAACCGUGCCGGAUAAUUUAGAAAAAUUAAUGAUGGAUGAUAACAAAGGUGGCGAAGAGCCGAAAGUUUCCGUUUGGGAUUUAUUUAAAACUCGGGAAAUGACGAAAACGACGAUUUUGUUAUCGAUUAUUUGGUUUGUGGUGUACUUAAUUUAUUAUGGAAUUACGUUAAAUAUGCAAAAUAUUGGUGGAGAUAUUUAUAUUAAUAGCGUUGUAUCUGGUUUAGUAGAAAUCCCAGCGAUAGCCCUCAGCAUAGGAAUAUUAUUAAAAAUGGGCCGUCGAUACCCAUUCGGAGGAACAAUUUUCUUUGCGGGAAUCAUCUCAGUCUGCAUUAUCCCGAUAAAAAUGUUUAUCCCAGAUUUACAAUGGCCCGUAACAGCUUUAGCCAUGAUUGGAAAAUUCUUAAUUUCAUCAUCAAACGCGGUUAUGCCCGUUUUCACGGCGGAACUUUAUCCAACAACGAUGCGAAAUUUAGGAGUCGGUGCCAGCAAUGUUUCCGCAGGAAUCGCUUUGAUGUUGGUACCUUUCGUUUACGAGACGGAAGUUCUCCACGUAUCAGUUCCUCUGAUUAUUCUCGGAGUAUUUGGCGUCGUGGGUGGAGUUAGCGUUUUAUUUUUAAGAGAAACUGGAAAUAAACCUCUCAAAGACACGUUGUAAUAACUGUAAAUUAAUUAAUUAAUUAUUUAAUAAGAAGAUAAUGUGUAUUCCUGUCGUUUUAGAUCGGUUUUGAUAUUUAUUUAAUUUUAUUUUAAAUUUUAAAUUAAAUAUAUUUUUUAUUUCUUCUAUGACUUAUAAAGACCGAAUAUUUUUUGUGAAAAUAAAACUUAAUACACCUAAACUAGAAUUUAUAUUGUGUUUUUAUUAAUGAACGAAUUUAUUAAUGUGAGAUAAAUAAAUUAAUUAAUUUAAUAAGGGAA